AUGUUUACAGGUAUUAUUGAAACAAUAGGACUUCUUUCUGAAAUCAAAAACCUUAAUGGUAUAUCUUGGACUAUUUCUGAUACAUAUAAUAUAAUAUCAGAUAUACAACUUGGUGAUAGCAUUUCUGUAAAUGGAGCAUGUCUUACAGUUACUGAAAUUAAUAAUAAUUUAUUCAGAGUUAAUAUAAGUCCUGAAACUUUAAAAAGAACAAAUUUUGGUAAUAUGGUAGAAGGAGAAAAAGUCAACCUAGAAAGAGCUAUAAUGACACAUAAACGAUUUGGAGGACAUUUUGUUCAAGGACAUAUAGAUACUACAGCAACUAUAGUUCAGAAAAAAAUCAAUAACGAAACAAUUAUAUUUACAUUUGAACCCGAUAAUAAAAAUAUUCUAAAAUACAUCAUAGAAAAAGGCUAUAUAGCAGUAGAUGGUAUUAGUUUAACUGUUACACAGAUUAAUAAUAAUACUUUUAGUAUAAUGUUAAUCCCUUAUACUCAAAAGAAAACUGCUACAUCUUCUAAGAUAAUAGGUGAUACUGUAAAUAUAGAAGUAGAUCAGAUGGGUAAAUACAUAGAAAAAUUAUUGCAUGAGCAUAUAAAAAGACUUAAUCUAUAG